AUGGUCAGGGACUACUACCUCGAAAACCCCUUGGUGCAGGCCGAAGACGAGUCUGUUAACUUCUUCGACUAUCCGCAGUCCACAUGCAAAUCCAAAAUAUCCUCUUUCCUAUCCGCACUCUCGCCACGGAAGCGACAGGAAAAAGAAACCAUGCAGUGCAUCCACAUCUCGGCGCCAAUCAUGACGGCUCCGCCGCCAAAGUCGCGACCGAUAAGCCCCAGACAAAAUCAAGGCAACAUGAUCCAGCAAAGGCCACGAUUCGGUGCGAUCGAAUCACGGAAGCGCGUCGAGUCUUCCAAGUACGAGUGGGAAGCGGACGAGGAUGACGAAAAUUGGGGCUGA